GUCUUAAUGUGUUAAUUUUGCACUGUAUUUUUACCUUGCAGUCAGUAACUCUAUAAAGACAAUGGAGUAUAAGUUGUACCUGCAAAGCAAGAGUACAAUUCCAAGUAGCACUAAAAGAAGAUGGAGCAAUUGCCAUAAAGAUUAUAGGAAAGAGCAAUAUAAAGCAUGGUUGCAAGAUCCAGUUCGUCAAGAUGACACAUCUAACACUGAAGAUGAGAACAGUUCCUCAUGCUAUAAGACCGAAACAGCACAUCAUACCUCAGAUGACACAUCUAACAGUGAAGAUGAGAACAGUUCCCCAUGCUAUGAGACUGACACAGAAUCAUAUCAUACCACAGUAGGUUGCUAUUACAAUAUUUCAGUUAUUCCUACUAAUGUGGGCUAUCCGUUGACUGGAUUAUCUAUGGCUUUGACUGCAAGGAGGAUACAUCUGACAGUGAAGAAGAGGAUUGGAACCAACUCAGCACAACACAAAACUAUACUAUGCAGGGAGAAUCUGACAGUGAAAAUGGACCACAAAACUGGCAUAUGACGACCCCUGAGGACAACACAAUGGAUGCUAAAGCAUAUGACAACACACCGAAUUAUGAGGGAGAGAACCCCAAAACAACGCAAGACGAGAUCUAUCCCACUGCUAAGAUUAGUAAUGAAGAAUCACAACUGGCAGUUUUAUGCGAUGUUCUUAGGCACACCACAACAAAAUCUGCUCUUGGUGACUUAUUAGACCUAAUUAAUCUACAUUGCCCAGAAGGAACCAACGGAGCACCAAAUAGUCUUUACAUGUUUUUGAAGGAAUCUGAUUAUAAUUCAUUUGAAAUUGUGUACAUCUGCCCUACAUGUCAUCAAUACUUUGGUAAUGAAAUCCCAGCAAAAUGUGAUUCAUGUGGUUCUGAACCAGGGGAUAAGAACUCUCUUAUUAAAUUUGGUGACGUUUUCAUGAAAAUGUCCAUAAGAAAACAAUUGGAAGAAAAAAUGUCAGAUUCUGCAUUUACAGCAGAAUUGAAUUACAAAUGGACCAGAGUGAAAAGCAGUCCAGACAGUGUUCAAGACAUAUUUGAUGGUGAAAUGUAUAAAUCAGUAGGUCCCCUGAAUUAUUCAAACCAAUUCAACCUUUCACUUACAUGGAAUGUUGAUGGUGUCCCUAUUUUUAAGUCCUCUUCUUUUCACAUUUGGCCAAUCCAAGUAGUAAUUAAUGAACUUCCCCCAGAUAUGAGAAGUAAACGUGCUCCUGGCUGGUUUGUGGUUUGGUGCUUCUAAACCCAAAAUGAACUCCUUUUUGCAGUCAUUUGCAGUGCAUUCAGUUAGAGCAGGAAGGUCUUUUAGUACAGCACAGAAGACAAAGUACACAGAUGUUUGUGUUCAAUCUUGUCUGUGUAUGUGACUCGGUUGCUCGUUGAGUUGUCCAAAACACUAAGCAAUCUAAUGGUGAAUAUGGAUGCAACUGGUGUUAUCAGAAGGUAGAAAUAGUUGCUAAAGGAAAUGGUUUCACUAGGGUGUAUGUGUCGCAAACAGGAGAUACAAGACCCACAGCCAGCAUUUUGAUGAUGCUAAAACAGCAGUCGAAACAGGAACAUGUGUUAAGGGAGUCAAAGGGAACAGCAACAAGCCUGGGUUUUGACACAAAUUUCACAAUUUGAUUUGAUUUUGACUCACAAGCUUUCAAUUCGAUUCGACUCAAUUAAAUAAUGACUAUUUUGGAUAUAUAUCAAGUACAGUACAAAACACUUAAAUUACACUCAAUAAAG